AGCAACUGUCUAGUUAUAUUUUGGAUGAUUCAUUUUAUACAUCUUUUGUUUUUUUAUUCUACGUUAUCUUUCUUGUGUGUGUAGAGAAGACGACGAUAGCCAGGCAACUAGGUGUAAACGAUACAAGCGCGUUCGUCGCUUAACCAAACGUAAUGGCUAGGGAGUAUGACCAUCUCUUCAAACUACUCAUUAUAGGCGAUAGCGGAGUUGGAAAGAGCUCUCUGCUUCUUAGAUUUGCGGAUAAUACAUUUUCUGGCAGCUACAUCACAACAAUUGGCGUAGAUUUUAAAAUACGAACAGUCGAAGUUGAAGGAGAAAGGGUGAAACUACAGAUAUGGGAUACCGCCGGCCAGGAACGAUUUCGAACAAUAACUUCUACUUACUAUAGGGGUACUCACGGCGUAAUUGUAGUCUAUGAUGUCACAAAUGGAGAUUCAUUUGCAAAUGUUAAGAGAUGGCUUCAUGAAAUUGAACAAAACUGUGAAGUGGUGAACAGGAUACUCGUUGGCAAUAAAAAUGACGCACCUGAUAGAAAAGUUGUGUUAACCGAAGAUGCUCAGAGAUUUGCAGAUCAGAUGGGAAUACAGCUUUUUGAAACUAGUGCGAAAGACAACAUCAAUGUUGAAGAAAUGUUUAUGGCGAUUACAAGACAAGUUCUGAGGACGAAGAAGGAACGAAAAGAGAGGCAGGCAAUUCAGAACAAUGACACUGUAAAUCUUCGAAAGCCAAAACAGAGCAAAAGGAAAUGCUGUUAGCAUCCUCGAGUACACCUAUAAACAGGUGUACAUUUUUUCCUGGUGUGGAGCAGAAAACUUCAAGAAUGUUUCAAGGAGUGCUGCAGAGUGUGCAGAACAGCAUUGAACAGAUUGCUCUGUCAGCACUGCUUUCUUUUCCUUAAAUUUGAUGUUUGGUGUACAUAUUACAUAAAAAUCGUAUCAAAUCAAGUUUUUCCAACCAACGAAAAUGUCCUUGAGGAAUUCAGCUGCAGCUAAGGAUUGAAGUGUGUGGUGUUUCGUCAUUUUGAUUCGCUACAUUGGGUCAACAGUCGUAGGUCCUUUUCACCCACAAAUAUUUAUAGAAUGUCUGACAGGAUAAGCAUUGAGUGACAGGAGUGAAAAAUAAGCAGAAAAGACACAUUGUUUAGAGAAUACUCUUUUGAGUGAAACUGUGUGCAUGUAUGGAUGGUGUGCAUGUUGUACAUUUGCUUCGAGUGUCUGAAAUUAUCGAAGUUCUGUAACAAAAGUAUUUUCUAAAUAUAAGUGAGGAAAUUUAUGUAUGCAUGUCUGCAUUUAUAGAUGUUGCAUAAUGCCAAAUAUGAAAUAUGUUGUCAUUCUUAAUUUUCUGCAUGUAUUUGAAAUCAAGAAAUCAUUGUAUUAUAUUUCUAGUUAUACACUUUGGUAUUUUUACAUACAUUUCUAUGUAUUCAAAUAAUUUACUAAUGUAUAGGAAAAAUAAAGAAUAUAUUUUUAUUUAUUUUUCAUGCAAUAAAUUUUGUAUUGUAUUAGUGUUCUAUAAAUGUGAAUGAAUUGUUACAGAUGUAAGGCAUAUAUGCCUUGUUUUGUUGUGUAGAUAAGUCAGAAGUUCUCAAAAGCAUUACAGUAUUGUGGAUGUUGUAAUUCAUUGAUGAUGCAUGAAACAAAAUUAAAUAUUUUAAAACAAGUUGUCCUAUUAUUUCGUGGAAUUUGGAUGCAGUUACAGGGUACCAAUAAUUGUCAACAACAGAUACUUCAUAGUAUCAUCAGCUUUGCUCUUUACCACUUGCUGUCAAUGAAUACUAUGUGAAGAGAGUGCAUUUAUAAAUGAGUGUUAAAUGUUCUUGAAACCCGUAUCGUAUUUCAUAUUUAAUUACAUUUUCUAAGUACAUUCCAGUUGCAGGUUUUUAAUUAAUUUUCCAAGGUAUACAAAUUCCAAUGAUAUGGUGUUUUUGUCCCAGUAUUUGUUUACCAGUUGCAGUUGUAGUACUUUCAUUUUCACAUCUGAAAGUACGUUGUUACAGAUGUGUUGCAAUAAUUAACAUAUUUGUAAGCAGAUUUGACAUACACAGUAAAAAAUAAAAUGAGUACUACAGACUCUUUAAUUAAUAGCAAUGUAGAUAACAGAUUAGUUGAGAUGAAAAGAUGUUUCACACUGUUGCUGAGAAGUAUUUUUUUAACAUAGCUGUUUUGCUUUUAUGCAUCUUCAAUUUUUAGCAGAUUUAUAGCAACUUCCAUGUAUUAAUUUAAUUAUUUCUUUAUUUGCAGAAGACCUGUACCUCAGUAUGUAUCUUAAAUGUUACCAGUAUACUGAACUUUGUAGUUUUGCACUUGAAAGCCUCUUACAACCAUAUAUUAUGUUGGUGAGGGGAUAAGAUCGUCUUGCAGCAACAGUCAUUGAUGUGUUGGAGACACAAAAUUAGUAUAUGAAAUAUAGAGCAAAUUUUUUUGGGUCUGUUUUAUACAUCUGGGAUAUGAAUUUAAACACUUUUUUUUU